AAUCAACAUUUAAUCAUAUUACAGGUAAAUGGACGACACUAGCUUUCGGCGAUCGACGAUAUGUUGAAAUAAUUUGUAAUAUGAACAGUACAACAGUGUAUUUUGAAUUUGAAAACAUUAAUAAAAAGGUUGAAGUGCAACGGAAUGCGAACUGUACUACAAACGAUCGGAUUAAUAUGUCGCAUUUACAUUGUGGAUGCAAUUUCAACUCUCUUGCAGCUUGCAAUUUGACAAUUGUGAAAGAGGAAUAUGACUCUUACAAGUGGAAUUGCGGCAGUGGAAGAAAUUAUAGCAAAACUGUUGACGUGUGCUUAUCAGUCGAUCAAACUUCCCACACGAUGUUUUCAACCGUUAAGUGUGCCAAUGUCCAAAGAACCCCGGAAGUCGUAUUUUGGACAGACGCUGAUACAAUUUUAAGCAGCAAUUAUGACGAAAUACGGAUGAUUAAACUUGAUCAAUUUAAUAUAAGUAUAAUUACCGACUUGUUCAAACAAGAAGAAAACCGAUCAAUUGUUGUGUGCAAAUUAGAAGAAAAUAAGAAUACAGAGUGGAGAAUCUCACUGAUAUUACUUUGGACACAAUGUGUCGAAGAAAAGUUAAACAAACCUCCAUCAUCAUCAACAAAUCACACGUGUCAAACAAAAGGUAAUCCAGUGAUAUCCCAACAAUUGGAAGAGUAUACCGAUCCUAAAUGCCCUUCAGUUAGAAUACACUCCAAUGUGAACGUUACGCUUUGCGAUGCUGUCAAUAAAGAUGAUAUGGGGGCAAGAAAAUUUGUAAACGAUAAGGUCAGGUCAUUCAAAUUAGAGGUUAUCACUCCAGCAAUUGUGCGAGAAUUUUAUAUAGAUGAAUUCAGAGACCAAGUAAAUAUUUUACUGAAUGAAGCAAAAAAAGUUACGUUCAUAUGUGAAGGGAACGGCAACCCUCCUCCAACAGUGACACUUGUGUCAAAAUCGACCUUUUUUAACACUAGCUCUUCCCAUUUGCAAUACACAAUGGAGCAUACCUCACGUCAGGAUACCGGCGAGUAUCUAUGUAUUGCUUCUAAUGGACUUUGUAAAGAUAGUAAAUCAAUUUAUGUGGAUAUCAUAAUUACAGGUGAAGAAGGGUCAUCGUCAAUAACCAUUUCUAUCUGUGUUGGAAGCGUCAUCUUAAUAAUGAUUGUUGCGACGUGUCUGUUACGACGUCGCUGUGAAUUGCUUAAGAUUCGGCAUAUAAAAGAUGCAACCAUUGAAGGGUAG